GGGGUGAAGAGACAAUAGUGGAGAUGGUAGCUUUUUGCCAUUAAUCCUAUGACUUUCGAAAAUUGUCGCCUGGCGAAGCUGAGACUCGGAUGAAAGGAGGGUCUUGGUGGAAUUUUAAUGCUAAAACUGGGCGAGAUGCAAACGGCUGUGCGCCGCCUGCAUCGUUGUCCUCGAAGAUGUCCGACCCCAUGGCGUUCGAUGCGUUCUCCAGACUCUAUUCCCGCCACACGUUCCCUCGCAGUGAGUUCGGCCAGACGCAGCUUGCGGUCGGGACUCAUUCCGGUUUCAAAGGGACAUUGGAGCUCCAAACAUUUGUUGAACCGGAAAUAUAGUGCUGUAUCGAAAGGUAUAUUUAAUGAUGAUGUCACCGCGGACAUGCUUCGCGAAUUCCACCAGGCGCAUGAUCAACGCUUGAAAUGGGCAGAGGCCUCCAACGGAGUGGAAACCCCCAUUGGAUUCGCAAAUGUCGACGAUUAUCCUGCCCUAAAGGGUAUCGAAGCUAACCCAGUUCGCAUUCGUGAACUACUGGAAUCGGCUGUCAGCGCGGAGUUCCAAAUGGAAUUUCGGGCGCUUGGGCCUGUUGAUGUUAUGUGCUUGGUUACGUGUUCCAUACCGCUUCUUCGCACAGUGAUCAAAGUUUCCGGAAAAGGGGACUCAGAGGCGAAUGCAAAACAUGUCGCAUUUACAUAUUUAGUCUCAGAACUCCACAAUCGUCGUCUUCUGAAAGCCAUAUUCGAUCAUAAGGCCAGCCUAGCUGACUUGAAAGGAAUAUACGAUUAUGCUGCCCGUUUCCUAUGCGUUCCUAUAUUUCAAUUUAGGAUGGUGCGUGACUCUUUGCAAAGCGACGGCUACAACUUUGAAGUUACGAUUUCGCUCGAGGAACAAUCUUUAAGUGUUACCACCACCGCCAACUCGUUUGAUGAAGCAGUAAAACGGGCAAUCCAUGAUUUCAACAAGAAAAGGGCAAUUUUCUCUGUGAUAAACAGCACGAAGCAAACUUGCAGUGAUUCGAUUGCUGCGUGGGAAGUUGAGGGCUUUAUUGACUUCUACGAAUUCUCCAAAAGCUUACGGAACUGCGUUCGUGUCAAAGUGGAUAAGCAACCCAUUAGUCCUGAGAAAUCUGCGUACAUUGCCUCAGUAUAUGUUCGAAAUGAGCUUAUCCCUGAGCCUGUUAUUGCUUUUGAGGACAGACAGGUCCGUAAAAUUGCAAAUUUAGCCGCGGCGAUUACACUUAUCCGGCAAGAUCCGAGUCUUUGGGAUGUGUAUUACCGAAAAUACGCAAGAAGACGAAAGAAGCUUUCAAUGAAUCGGAGUGUUGUCGAGGAAAUGAAGUUUCUGUCGAAGAAUCUGAAUUAUUCCCGGCGCAAGAUGGUUGACAGGGUACAAAAUAUCGAACCAAGUAAUCUGAAAGGAGAACUCCGCUUUGGCAACGUUCUUCAUUCCGAUCUCGAGCAGAGGUCACACCACCUUAGGAAUCACCUUUCUUGGCUGGAGGAACAACAAAGCCCUCAUCCCCGUACUCUGUCGCGGAGGCUACCUGUUUAUCGCUACAAAACAGAUAUCAUUCAGAUGGUAGACCAAAAUGACUAUAGCUUUAUCACGGGCGCCUUUGGAAGCGGAAAGUCUACUCAGGUUCCGCAGAUCCUUUUUGAUCACGCUAUAAUGCAGGGAGCAGGAGCUUUGUGUAAUAUCUUUGUCUCUAAGGAUAGACUAUCCACUGUGAAAGGAAAUGCUGGGCGAGUUGCCUUGGAGCGUUCUCAAACACUGGGCAGCACAGUCGGAUACGGUGACUCAUUUGGCCCUAAGCUCCCAACGCUAGCUGGCAGCAUCUCAUACUACACGCAUGAAAUGCUUUUGGAUCUGCUAAGCGAUGAAUCGAAUGGAAUUUUUGAGACCGCUUCUCAUGUGAUCAUAGAUGAUGUUGAGAAGCGAACUAUCUCAACCGAUCUUCUACUAGCGUACGUGAAGUCGAAAGUCUCGGAGAGAGUAAAUCAAGGAAAGCCAGUUCCUAAAUUGAUCGUUAUGGGCUUGGAUUUUGACGUUGAGUUAUUCGCGAGUUAUUUUCAGGUCCAACCAUCUAGGGAGGACUUUGCUUGUCCGUCUGUCCGUAUUCAAAGCAAUGAUCAUCCGGCUGAUAAGGUUUACUUGAAUAGCAUACUGGAGCAGUUGGGUUCGGUUCGUGGCUAUCAUUCUUUAUUAUCUGAGCCUCAGACCGCUCGAUAUCUGUCCCUUGAGAAUAUUGAAGUUGCGCGGCCAUUACCAUAUGAAGAGGGCCUUCGGAUGUGUGAAGAGAACUCACCUAUUAAUGGAGAACAAGAUAUUAUACCUGGCUCUUUGUGGGAAGAGGGUCUCUGGCUAAAUGAUGACAAUUCGCAUAUCAGUGGAGAACAGGAGAGUAUACCAGAGUCUUGGUGGGAAGAGGUUCUUCAGACGAGCAAGGAAAACCUGUCUAUCAAUGAAGGACAAGAGAUCAUGCGUGACUCUUGGUGGGAAGAUGGUCUCCAACUAAGUGAGGACAAUUCUCCUGUCAAUGGAGAGCAAGAUAUUGUACCUCACCUUCAGGAAGAGGUUCCCCCAACCCCUAUUGGAUUGGUGGCAGCUGCUGUUGACCACAUCGCCCAAACUACAGAAACGGGUGCAAUUCUAGCCCUUCUUCCGGACCAAGAUGAUAUUGAACGUGUGAAUCAGUUGCUGGUCAGGAUGAUAGAGAACGAUACGAGCAAUAGGGGUAAAUACCGAAUAUUCAAGCAUUCUCCCGACAAAAGUGGUGGAUCCUCCGCAGAUGAUCGGACCAGUCGAACGAUCAUUCUUUCAACUGGCACGGCUGGUUUUCCCCUUGCCGAACGUGUCCGUUUUGUAGUGGAUGCCGGUUUCAUGACGGAAAAACUGCAUCAUCCGUGGAGUUCAACCACGUCACAGGUCCGCCGCUGGAUCUAUAAAUCUUGGCUACAAGACCGAGUGAUGCUUGCAAGCCACAAAGAAAAUGGGAAAUACUAUGCCCUGUUCAGCAAGGAGAGAGAAGCAUCGUUACAGCCGCAUUCAACCCCUCAUAUCCGUCGCCUCGAGUUUGAUCGGGCGUGUCUACAUGCAAAAGUCCUCUUCCCUUCGAGAGGAUCUAUAUCUGAUAUUCUAUCGGGAUUAAUAGAGCCACCAUCGCGAGAGCACAUCUUUGAAAUGACUCGUAAACUUCAGGCAUUGAAUCUCAUUGACCAAUGGGACAGGUUGACUCCAUUAGGGCGAAUUGUUUCAUCGCUUCCACUAUCGCCCAUAGCGGGCAAACUAGUUGUUCUAGGUGUCAUAUUUCGCUGUCUUGAGCCCUUACUCAUAUCUGCUGCUGCUGUGGAUUUGACCUCCGAUAAGGCGUCUAUUUUCGACCGCCGACGUGCCCACACUGAAUCGGCCCAAGGUCCAUUUUUUCAAUUCAUCAGGGAUAGCGUCAGUGACCACAUUGGCGUCAUCAAUGCAUUCAAGUACACCAAUGAGCAAUGGAAUAAGCAUGGCGAAUCCAAGGCUCAACUUGCCUGCAGAUCCAAAUUCAUUAGAUACCCCAUGUUUUUGAAGAUAUGGGAGUCCGUCCUCCGGGUGGAAGAGAUGCUUUUCGAUGCGGGAAUUAUCCCCAACCCUUCUCGAAGCAACGUGAUUGGCGGACACGCAUUGAAUAUGAAUUCCACUUCGCAGUCUCUCAUAAAAAGCCUUCUACUGCGUGCGUUGCUUCCAAACAUCGCAGAGAGGGAGCAAAGGGGUAUAUGGAACACAGCAACAACAAGUGAAAUACAAGCCCUGCCAGGAACGGCUCUUCGGAAUAUAAGCCUGAGGGUCAACGGCGUCGCCAUAUUCUCAUCGCUCCUAACGUCGGGCCGGUCUGGAAAUGUAUAUCUUGACACUGCAACGUUGAUUCCAUCAAUGAUGGCCUGUUUGUUUGCGGAAAACCUGAAACAGAAUGAGAAUAUGUUGUACUUAUACCCAUGGCUGCAAUAUAGCUUGCCCGAAGAUCAUCCGUUCGACAUCAGGCAGAGUUCUAGUCGAGUAUUUUCGACGUGUAAAUCAUUCUUGGACGAAUUUAUCAACUUGGCUGUGAAGGACCUUGCGGCUUACAAGCUACGGAGAGCCGUCUGCUUCUAUCGGGGUGGGUUGAAAGGUGAAUCACGAGACGUGUCCGCGAAAAGGCGCAGACUCCUGUACCGGUUUCCUUAUAUGAAUGAUAGGGUGUCCAAGACUUUUGUCAGCGCCCUUCAUAAGGUAUUCGACGGAAGCAUGGGCCCGGUGAGAGGAGACACACGGGUGGCGCCGCGUUGGCCAUCGGGUGAUAUCUCGAAAGAUCCUGCUACGAAUUCGGAAACCGACUGCUGCAUAGAUUCUUGA